AUGCGCAGGAUCUCGUUCGCGCUUUUUCUGUUCGCCGUGCAGGCCGCACUGUUGGGUGCGUGGCUCUCGCCGGGGCUAUUUACAUCCGCGACGGGCGCGGUCGCGAACGCCGUCAGGGAUGCGAGUGCCACCGCGUUCCCGGAUCUGUACGAGGCCUCAAUUGCCGAGUUGCAGGCCGGGCUCGGGGAGGGACUGUUUACGAGUGAAGAUCUCGUGAAGGCCUACUUCGCGCGGAUCGAAGAAGUGAAUCUGCAAGGGCCCACCCUUCGUGCGGUCAUCGAGAUGAACCCCAAUGCGCUUGCACAAGCGAGAGCACUGGACCUCGAGAGAAAAAUCAGCGGCCCUCGCGGGCCACUUCAUGGUAUUCCGAUGCUGCUAAAGGACAACAUCGCCACGUUGCACUCCGACGGUAUGAACACUACUGCAGGGUCUUUCGCACUCCUUGGCUCUGUCGUACCCAGAGAUGCCGGAGUCGCAGCCCGGCUUCGUGCGGCAGGCGCAAUUAUCCUCGGAAAAGCAAACCUCAGCGAAUGGGCGAACUUCCGCGGGAACGUACCAUCUGGCUUCUCCGGGCGUGGUGGGCAGGCGUCGAGCCCCUACGUUCCCCUCGGAGACCCAUCCGGCUCUAGCUCCGGCAGCGGCAUCGGCACAGCGAUCGGUCUCUGCGCUGCAGCUCUGGGGUCCGAGACCGAUGGCUCGAUUGUGUCUCCGAGUGAGGUUAACAACCUUGUGGGAAUCAAGCCGACUGUGGGCCUCACCUCGCGUGCAGGCGUGGUCCCCAUAUCCGAACACCAGGACACCGUCGGGCCCAUGGCACGCUCGGUCGCAGACGCCGCGACGAUCCUGUCCGUCAUCGCCGGCCGCGACCCGCUCGACAACUUCACGCUCGCCCAGCCGCCGGUCGUGCCCGACUACACCAAGGCACUCGACAAAAAUGCGCUCAAGGGCGCCCGGCUUGGUGUGGCGCGACAGUUCGCUGGCAGAGACGUGAAUGUGCUGGCGGCGUUGAACGCAUCCGUCGAGCUCAUGGCCCAGAUGGGCGCAACCAUCGUCGACCCGGCCGACUUCCCGGACUUUGCAGAGUUCGAAGCGAGCGGAAACGAGACGAUCGUGCUUUUAACAGACUUCAAGUUGUUAACUCUGCCUCAGGUCGAUGUAGCACAAUACAUAUCAGAGCUUGUGCAUGUCCCGACCGGCGUGAAGACUCUGGCGGAUCUCAUUGCAUUCAACUCUGCUCAUGCCAGUGAAGAACUCGUCCCACCUUUCUGGACAGACCAAUCUGAGUUCAUUGCAUCCGAGAACACCACCGUAGAUCAGGCCUACUUCGACGCCCUGGCAGCCGAUAAAGACUUGGGCCAGACUCGCGGUAUCGACGCAACACUAAAGAUGUUCAAUCUCGACGCCUUGAUCCUGCCCACCAGCGGUGCUGCGGGUCCGGCUGCCAUCGCCGGCUAUCCUAUCGUCACCGUUCCGCUUGGCUUUGAGCCGCCCAACACGACAUUGGCACCGGCAGAGCCGACGCGUUCCACAGGGCCGAACAAGCCAUUCGGGCUCUCGUUCAUGGGCACCGCCUUCAGCGAGUUCCAACUGAUCUCGCUCGCUUUCGCGUACGAGCAGGCCACUCACACUCGGCUGAAGCAGCUUGCGUUCCCGGAGGCGAUUCCUAAGACUCAGCUUGCAGACAUUGUUGGAAAAUAA